UACGCAUGCGCCUUUAAAAACUCUUUAAAUACCCCAAGUCAUCUGCCACAAUAAAACAUUCCGCUGUCAGCCAAUUCACGGCUGUACUGAAGUACUUAGUGGCACACAGAGGCCGUUACAGAUACACGCAAAAUAUUUACUUUUAAAUACGGAACUUCUAUUAUUAUUAGCCACCAUCGAGAACCUGCCCGAGCAAUAACGCAUCUGACCCGGAGUCGUAAAGGCUGUGCAGGGUGAAGUCGGGGGAGACGGACAGGAAAAAAACAAAGAUGGCUGUGUAGCCAGAGAGACGAGUCCCAGCAAAACUGUCUCUAGCCGCGGCUUUAACCACCGACAGGUCCCGUGGGUCCCGUGGACGGUCAGUCGGUACCGGAGCAGGGACGUUAGACGAGCAGCCGAGCUGGGCCGCCGGUGCACAUCGUUGUAAUCUGCUGUCAUUGCGAAUAACGGCGUCGAGAGUACAACAACAGCUGAGAGAGAGACGAGUUGUUUUUGUUCUGCCUGGGCAAAGCGAGAGGACUGCUGUGUUUGUGUCAACGUAGCUAGCCGCAUAGUCUGCUAGCCUCACUGUAAGUCAACAAAAAAAGAGUCAACGUUUGAUGAAGUCAUAGUUACAUUGUUUUUUCACAUGAUCUCGUUAUUACACAAUAAUUGGCGUGUUAAAUUCCGAGUUCGUAGGUGGAGGUGUAGCAGUGGUGAUAAUAAUAAGUUAGCCUUCAAUCCUUUCUGACAGCCUGCUGCCGUCGCGUUAGCCUAGCUAACGUUAGCUAGCUGUCAGCUGACCGUUAGCCUGACAGGUUGUAAGCUAGCUGUGAGCUAACCUGCUAAUAUUUCAGCCUCAGCCUGGUUGCGGCAGGUACAUCAACAGAGAUUUAUAGAGAAAAGUCAUCGCCAUGUCUUCAAUGGAAGAGAGAGACGUGGGCGUUGCGGCCGCCCCUGGCUCCUCCUCGGCCGGCCUGGGGGUCGGAGCCGUGGGGGCAGCGGCGGAGGCUGUCGCCGGGGUCGCAGCCAUGCAGGAGGAGGUCGGGAUACGGCGAGAAGGGCCCGAGCCUGACCCAGACGAGCCACCCAAGAAGAGGGUGAAAAUUCCCGAGGGAGAGUCAGGAAAGCUGGAGGAGAGACUGUACUCAGUGCUGUGCUGCACCGUGUGCCUAGACUUGCCCAAGGCGUCUGUAUAUCAGUGUACCAAUGGACACCUGAUGUGUGCAGGCUGUUUUAUCCACCUCCUGGCUGAUUCUCGUCUCAAGGAGGAACAGGCCACGUGUCCCAACUGCAGGUGUGAGAUCAGCAAGAACCUGUGCUGCAGGAACCUUGCCGUGGAGAAGGCUGUCAGUGAGCUGCCGACAGAAUGUACCUUCUGCCUAAAACAGUUCCCCCGCUCCAGCUUAGAGAGACACCAGAAAGAGGAGUGCCAAGACAGGGUGACACAGUGUAAGUACAAGAGGAUUGGCUGCCCUUGGCAAGGUCCGUUCCACGAGCUGCCAGCACACGAGAGCGAGUGCUCCCAUCCCACCAAGACUGGUACAGAGCUGAUGGGAAUACUGGGAGAGAUGGACCAGAACCACCGCAGAGACAUGCAGCUCUAUAACAGCAUCUUUAGCCUGCUCUGCUACGAAAAGAUCGGCUUUACAGAGGUUCAGUUCAGGCCGUACCGCACGGAUGACUUCAUCACUCGUCUGUACUAUGAAACACCGCGCUUCACUGUUCUCAACCAGACGUGGGUGCUGAAGGCCCGCGUGAACGACUCUGAGCGUAACCCCAACCUGUCCUGCAAGCGCACCCUCUCUUUCCAGCUCAUCCUCAAAAGCAAGGUGAACUCUGCCCUGGAGUGCUCCUUCCUGCUGCUGAAGGGGCCGUACGACGACGUGCGGAUCAAGCCAGUCAUCCACCACCACUCCUUUAGCAAUGACACCAACGAGACCGACUACGUCCCUCUGCCCAUCUCCGAUUCAGUGGAGUGCAACAAACUGCUGGCCGCCAAAAACAUCAACCUGCGCCUGUUCAUCUUCCAAGUCCAAAAAUAAAGAGUGAGGGAAGAAGAAGAGGAGGAGGAAGGAGGAGGAAGAUGAAGAUGGAAAGGACGAGAGGGAAGGAGAAGAGGGGUGAUGGAGGGUGAGGGGCAGAGACGGAGAGAGAGAGAGAGAGAGAGAGAGAGGAUGAAGAUUAAAGAGAGACACCACUGAACCACUGAUACCUCUUAACACAUACACACACACACACACACAUAUACACACUCACACAGAUACACACAUUCACGCAGGGUAUACACGCCUCCACACACACACACACACACACACACACACACACACACACACACACACACACACCACUAAUUACACUUACCUCCUUUUACAAGAUAGUUAGACCCGUUGCUCGGGGAGCUGUGAGUUGCUAUGGAGAUGGGUGGGCAUUGUUAUGGGAUGGAAGGGUGGGGUGAAACCUGCAACGGUACAGGUGGGGAUGUCGGGGGGUAAAGGGGUGAGGAAGGGAGUUCUGGGAUUGGUUGGUGUGUACCUGUGGAGGCUCUCUGAGGUCAGGUUGUGUCUGGCGUUUCACCCCUGGCACCCACAGCCAAAGGUAGCACGCAAACCGACCAAAGCAGGAUUUGCUGGGUGCAUUUGUUGUGUGUGUGUGUGUGUGUGUGUGUGUGUGUGUGUGUGUGUGUGUGUGUGUGUGUGUGUGUGUGUGUGUGUGUGUGUGAGAAUAACUGGGCGAGAAAGAGGAGUUAAGUGACGGACCCUGGAGUGUGGCCCAAACUCUGCUUUUAUGUUGAAAUGUCCCAAAGACAUGAUAAUGUGAAAAUAGAGUGACUGUCUCUACUGAGCUGUUCUUUGGACAUGUGAAUGGUCGUGUGUGUGUGUGUGUGUGUGUGUGUGUGUGUGUGUGUGUGUGUGUGUGUGUGUGUGUGUGUG